AAAAAGUAAUAUUAUAGAAUGACGAAAAAAGAGAUAAAAAACUUCCUAGUUCAUCCUACUAUAGUCAAUCCCUUACUGUCAGUGGAGCAGUUCCAUUCUCUAUUAAUGUUACAGUUGCCUCUGAUUUCAGUAAAUAAUCUAAUUUAUGCAAAAAUACAGGGCUGGCUGCAUUAGGGUAAACAUGAGUUUUCCCUUUAACCUGGUGGAAAUUAGGACCCAGGGAAGACUGGGCUCUGGAAGGGGGACAGUGGAGUGUGUGUCUAUUUGAAAGCAAAAAAAAGAAAGAAAAAAAAAAACACCAUCACACACAAUACAAUGUGUGACAGUCACUGCCAUACACAGGACAGGAAUGAGAGAGCUACUGGAGGAGGGGGGAAGAGAGAGGAAGCAUCAUUUACCAUCAGAAAUCAUCAUGGAAUCAGUGAUCAGUACUUCUUUACCUGCAGAUAUACAUGUGUGAUAAGUCUGGACCCUCUGGAGCCUCUAUACAGAAGAACAAAACCUCAGAAAACCAGUUAACUGGACUUGAUGAUAUAGAUUUUUAUUUGGAGGACUGUCUAUUUUACUUUUUGGAAGGAAAAAAGAAAUAAAGCUGGUUUGGGCCUACUGUAUUGAAACAUAUGUGUGAUUUCAAUGGGAACUUUGUCAAGUCAAACAUCUGGUUAACCCGUUUGGUCUGAACUGUACCACACAAACACAGAGUGGAUCAUGGGACAUCCACAUCUGAAGACAUCUGAUAUACAAAUGGAGGUUGUUAGUGAAUAAUGGCCGAUAAGAUUGGUCCCAUGAUAGCCUCUGUGCCAAAUCACUCAGUGACAAAUUUCACCUCUGCCCUAUGGGAGCCCAAUCCUACGGUUCCUGCCGAAGUGGGCGUCGUCACAAGCUCCCAGUCACAGAUCAAAGACCUUUUUGGGUUGUUCUGCAUGGUGACCCUUAACCUCAUUGCAUUGUUGGCCAACACUGGCGUGAUGGUGGCCAUUGCCCGCGCUCCUCACCUAAAGAGGUUUGCUUUUGUGUGUCACCUUUGUGCAGUGGACCUGCUGUGUGCCAUCCUUCUCAUGCCUUUGGGUAUCAUAUCCAGCUCAGCGUUCUUUGGCACUGUGGUGUUUACUGUUCUGGAGUGUCAGGUUUACAUCUUUCUCAAUGUUUUUCUCAUCUGUCUCUCCAUUCUCACCAUCACAGCCAUCAGUGUGGAGCGUUACUUCUAUAUCGUACACCCCAUGCGUUAUGAAGUCAAGAUGACCAUCAACCUUGCUAUUGGUGUCAUGCUCCUAAUCUGGGUUAAGUCAGUCCUCUUGGCUUUGAUCACGCUGUUUGGAUGGCCAGCCUAUGGACAUCAGAGCUCUAUUGCAGCAGCACACUGCUCUCUCCACGCAAGCCACAGUCGUCUGAGAAGUGUAUUUUCUGUGCUCUUCAGUGUGGUUUGUUUCGUGGUUCCUGCAGUGGUUAUCUUUGCUGUUUACGGUGCCGUGUACAAGGUAGCUCGUUCUGCAGCCCUGCAGCAAGUCCCUGCCGUGCCAACAUGGACAAAUUCGAGCCCUGCUAAAAAUCGCUCAGACUCCAUCAACAGCGAGACCACCAUGAUCGCCACCACCCGUACUCUGCCCCAAAGACUAUCUCCAGAGAGGGCCUUCAGUGGAGGAAAGGCUGCCCUUACUUUGGUAUUCAUUGUGGGUCAGUUCUUUGUUUGUUGGUUGCCAUACUUCAUCUUCCACCUGCAAAUGUCUCUGACUGGCUCCAUGCACAGCCCCGGGGACUUAGAGGAGGGCGUCACCUGGCUGGCCUACUCCUCCUUUGCAGUUAACCCGUUCUUCUACGGCAUGUUGAACAGGCAGAUCAGAGAAGAGCUGGUGAAGUUUCGGCGCUGCUGCUUGACCCAGCCGUCGGAGUUUGGGACAUCCAGCCAUGAGGGCUCCCUUCAAGAGAACUUCCUCCAGUUCAUCCAGAGAACCACCAGCACAACUGAAAGCCCAUCUAACUGUGCCAACUCCCGUCCCAAAAACAAUACGGACCAGGGGAUAAAAAUCCCAGGACAAAUACCUGAGGAGCACGCUUAGACAUUGACCAACACGAGUGAUGGACCACAGUGCUAAUACUGUAUAUAGGCCAUGUCAGUUUUUUACGUUAGCGGGACAUUUUUUCUUAACAUAUAGGUAAGUCUAUCUUAAAACAAUACUGACAUGCCCGUAUGUAUAUUGUGAUGAUUAUUGGUCACUGUAAUAAUUCCUCCUGCCUAUAGUGGCCACAAAGAGAUCCAUUAUUUCAAUGGAAGUGAUGGAGGUCAAAUUCCACAGUGACGGUACGUGUCCACAGGCUCCGUGCCUUCCACGCUCUCCAUUCAUUGUCUAUGUAAGCAGCCGCGCAAUAUAUUCUGGUAGCGUGGCGUCGCGAUUGGAGAGACUAGGCAUCAC